AACACUCCACUGGCAGCGCUGUCGAGUGUUCCUCCGUGUCCCAUUUUAAGACUCUGUUUCUUCCUCUUCCUCGGGUUUGCGUUCUUCACGCCAGCUUCUAUAAGAUAAAUAGAGCAUCAGCGCGUUUGCCUUCACAAACACGUCACGUUAUUACUCUGUUACCCCGCGUUACCCGUCAGCAAAACUUCUUUGAGGUUAUUCAAGACAUCUGCAGAGGUCGGUCCUGGCUUCUUAUAGAUAGCAAACAGUCCAUUCAGGGACUGCAGUUUGGAUAGUGAACUGGUAAGUGACGGCGCUGCCUUGUUUCCAGCCAUGCUUGUUGGAGCAACUAUCUUCCUCUUUGUGGCCAACUCCUCCUUCGUAGGUCAUCUGUAAUUCAUUUACCGCCACCUGCUGGUGGAACAUUGACAACGAAGCCGAUAAACCACAGCGCGUUUUCUACUACAUUGACCAGAAUGCUUCACGGUGUGCUACACUUCCUGGUUACGCUUGGCUUCUUUUUGUUGUCAACUGCGUUUGGUGCAAGAGUAAUAACUGUCUGAACGUACUGUUGACUCUGUAGGUGUUUUGGUUUGGAUGAAGAUGUGUCCUGUGUCUCAUGUGGAGGAAAAAAGAUAAGACAAGUGUAUCAAAAUGGAGGCUUUCAGGCAAACAUACUUACGCCUGUGUAAGGAAGGAGCUGUGGAGCCCCAGGAAAGCGUCAUGGUCAGGUUGCAGGAGUGCCGGGCUUCCCGCUUGGAUUUAAGCGGACUGAGUCUGUCUAAGGAUACCUGCACUGUGCUUGCCCGGGCCUUCCAAAAAGAUACCUUCUUUUCUGAUGUGUCUCUCAGUGACUGCAUGCUCAGUGAGGAAGGAGCCAUCAUUUUCCUGACUGAUCUUUUUCACAAUACAUCUGUUAAAACCCUGGAUCUAAAGGGAAAUAACCUGAAAUCAGCUGGGGCAGAGGUGUUGGGAAAAUUGUUGACACGCAAUAAGACUCUUAUUAGGUUAGGACUGGACUGGAAUGCUCUUGGAGUGUGGGACAAAGCCUUCACUAUUUUUUGCGAAGGUCUGGGCUCCAACGGUGCACUAACACAUCUCGACCUGAGUAACAAUCAGAUCAACCAUCAUGGAACAUUGGAGCUUGCUGAGGCACUCAAACGCAACAGCACACUGAAAGUGCUAGCCCUCAUGUUCACUUCGGAAUCACCUUUUAAUCACAUGAAUAAACAAGAUCUGAGAUGGAACAAUAUUGGUCUUCUUGGAGGCAGGUAUCUUGUAGCUGCUCUGCAGAGCAACCACAGUAUAGAGCAAUUGGAGCUGGCAGGAAACAACAUACCCAGUGACACACUCAAGGCACUCGAGCAGAUUGUAGGACGCAACACAGACCGAAGAUCCGCCUUGAUAGAGAGUCACAGCAGAACCCAGGUCCUCAGCAGGGAGAUUCAGAGCCUGAAACAGGAGAAAGGACAACAGUUCCAAAACUUGAUGGUCACUAUUGACAAGCAGAGAGAAGAGAUGGGACGAUCAAGCAGGUCCACCAACAUACAGAUCAGGCAACUGCAGGAAGCUCUAAACGGGAGGAAGUCUGCUGUAAAUGCUCUCACUACCAGAUUGCAGAUGAUGGAGGCUGCCCUUGCACUCUCUGAGCAGAAAAAUCACAACUUAGCCGAGGUGAUCGCAAAACUGAAGGUUGAGAAAGAGCAACAGCUUGAUGUGCGGAACAAAGAGAAGAAAAAAGAACAAGAGGAACGCAUUUCCAGAGAUGACAAGCUUCUAAGAGACAUUAAAAAUCUGACGGAAACUAAUGUCCAACAGAAAAACUACAUAGAGGAGGUGGAGCGCAGGUGCAAGUCUCAGCAGCAGCAACUUUUUGAGCUGAAGCAGGAACUGACCAACAGUACAGCUGAGUUCAAGCUCAAGCUAGCACAGACAGAAGACCGCCUGGAAAUAGAGAAGCGAAUGUCCAAGCAAGCCCUUGAGGACCUAGAUAAUCGACGACAAAGAGAGGUUGAGACUGUGAAUCGGCAUCGAGGGGAAAAUGAGAAAGCACUUCAGGAACGCAUCGUCAAACUGGAAGGACAACGAAUUCAGCUAGAAGAGGAUCUGAGUAGGACUAAAGCGGCGUGUGUGGCAGAGAGAUCCCUGGCAGAAGAGCAACUGGGGAAUGUCCGCGCGCAAGUGCGCCAGGAGGAGCAGGCACAUGUAUCAUCGUUGGAGGAGAAGCUUCGCUCAGUGCGCUCCUCCAUACAGGAGAUCCAACUGCAGUCUUCCCAACAAAAACAAAUCAUCUCAGAGCAGCAGGCUAAAAACAGACAGCAGAUCAUUGAGACAGACAGCCUGCGCCGCAAGAUCGAGGAGCUCCAGCAGGAGCUGUCAGGAAAGGACCAGGAGAAGUUAGCUGAGGUGAGUCGAGUGAGGCUGGAGCUGCAGGAACAGAUUGGACACUUGGAGGUCGAGAGAAUUGCACAAGGAGGGCUUAAAGAGAAAAUCGGUGCUCUAGAGAGAGAAAUCAAAGUAAUGACGAGCAACCAUAGAGAAGCGCUCCUGGACAAAGAGAGCGAGGCGUCGUCUUUGCUGGAAAAGCUGCGUCUAAAAGAGGUAGAGAUCCAAAGGAUGAGGGAUGAUGAAGCCCAAAGAGCGACGUGCCUGCAGAACGCCAUCCUCACCUACGUCAGAGGUUCUCCUCUGGGACAGUACGGCAGCCCUAAGACAUGAUCCCAUGAAACUGAACAGUUCGACUUUUAUUUAUUGAUUUAUUAUCUUUGCUGGAUGAAACUAUAGUAGUUUGUGUCUGUUGUACAAAAAAAAAGACUGAACUCCAUUAAAUGGUAAUUGUAGUUUA